GGUAUUCUGGUAGAGUCUAGUAACUUUUGCCGUGUCGUUGUCAUCAUUGCUCAACUCGACGGAUUGUGUACAUUUCUUCGUGUAUCAAGAAGUUUUUAUUGGUAUUUUUGUAUCACGUUCAUUAUUAAAAAGUGAAAAUCUCUCUAGAAAUGCCGUCCAUUGAGUGUUGAUUAGAAUAUCUUGUGUUGUGAUUAUCGUAUAUAAAGUGUCGACGUGGAAAAUGGCGUGGUUCGAGGACGGACUGUCUAGUCUGUCGAAUUUGAAGGGCCAGAUUACCAGUUUCACGAAGGAAGUACUUUCAGAAGGCAUCGUCGAGGAAAUAGACGAACGAUCGAAAGAAUUACAAGAAGCCGAGGAGAAAUGCGUUCAACUGCAAGAACUUUUGAAUUCAAAGGAUGCAGAAAUCUCUCUCUUACGUCGACAAAAUUCCGAGCUGCAGAAAACCGUCGUGGAAUUGAAUUCGAAACCGCAGCAAUCGAAUGACGUGGACCAGGAUGACGACGGUGGAGGAUACUUCUGGGAUCCUCCGUCAAUCAGGGCACGUGAUGCCAGGAGUCAGAAUCAAUCGAAACUUCUCCAGGAACAGCUCACUCAGGCCACCCUGAGAAUUCGCGAAUUGGAGGCGGAACUGAAGAAGGUGCAGAAGGUGAGCGCGACAACCGGGCUCAAAGAUGAAAUUACCGAUGGUCAUCAGAAGGCGGAGUUAUUACGUGCUAAACAGGACAUGGUCAAUCGUAUCAUACAGAUGGGAGAAAAAAGUCGCGAAGCUGAAAGAAACAUGAAGCGUCUUCAUUCGGACGAAGCUGUACUGGUUAAUGAUUUUCGUACCAUUAUCGCUCAGCUGGGAUCUACCGAACAGUUGGAUCUAAUUCACAGCGCACUCAAGGCCUUGGAAAGUGAGAAUGAAAAAUUGAGAACGCCUCAGAAGUGGGAGAAGUCUGAUAGCGAUGAAAAGAUUGAAAAGAUUAACGAUCCUGGUUCUGAUGUUUCAUCUUUAAAGGCGAACCUUCAUGAAAACUCGAAAGAACGUGGCGACAAACAAAGAGAGGAUGCAUAUGAUAAUGAAAUCGAAUUAAGAAAGAAAAUCGCUGAACUUCAAGAGGAGAAUAAAAAUUUAACAAUCAGCCUAGAAGAAUUGGACCAGCAGCACACGGAAUCUAUAGAACAAGUUCUCCUUAUAAAAGAAGAAAUUCAGAAAAAGCAUCAAGCCCUACAGAAGGCUUAUGAGCAACUCUAUGUCGAUUUUAACGAGUCCCAGUAUAAGGUGGAAGCAUUGGAAGCUAAACUGGCUUCAGCAGAAUCUAACAAUAAUAAAAUAGUAGAGGAGCAAGCUGAAAGUAAUCGAUCGGAACAGAAAAACAUGAUUGAAUUUGAAAGCAGAGAGAUUCAAACUGAAUUUCCCAAGGAAAGUGAGAGUCCAAAGGAGGAAAUAAGUAGAAUUGACGAAUUGAGUCAAAAAAUAAAAGAUAUUCUAAAAAGUACUGCUAUAACCACUAACAAAGAUGAAUCCAUUUUCGAGGCAGUGGCUAAGCAUUACGUGGAAGCAAAAUGGAAGAAGGACGUCCUAGAGAGAAAAGUCACAGAACUCACUAGAGAAUUGAAACAAACAUCUGAAAUGAAGGAUUCUCUACAAGUGGAAUGCGACGACAUGCAGACAAAUAUUGAAUCGCUCCUUUUAGAAAUUCAGCAUUUGAAGUCUAAUUUACCUUCGAUACCGGAAGCCAGUGAAGAACGCGUGGCGACGCUAGAAACAGAGACAGAAUCUUUGUACGAAGAAAUAAAACGUCUGCAGGCAGAAAACAGUAAUAUGCGUGAAAAAAAUUCCGAACUAAUGAUAACCAUGCAAAACGUCGAAGCAUCCCUUAAGAAUCAGAACAAUCUGAAAGAGGACGUAAGAAACGCUAGGCAGCAGUUGGACAUUGCCAAGCAGAACGCGCAAGAAAGUUAUUCAACCAACGUCGAAAACACGGAAAGUAUGGUGGAAGAUUUAACUCGUAAAUUGCACGCGAGUCUAGAGAAAAACAACGAAUUGCGUAAGAAGAUCGAUCGACUCGAAGACUCUGAGAAACAGACGCAAGAGCAGUUACGAAUGUCUUUGGACAGAUGCAAGGGUUUGGAUGAGAAUAUUGAAUUAAUUGAGGAAUUGAAACUAGACCUUGAAAAUGCUCGAAGAGAAUUGAAAUCUUCCAUAGCAAACCGUAAACAGCUGGAACACGACAUUGCUAUUCUGCAAGAAACAAAACACGAGGACGAGAGAGAUAUUGAAGUUUUGUCACAUGAAAAGGAACAAUUGGAAGCUGAACUCUCGAUGCUACGACAAUCAGGCAGCAGCAAUGAAAACAGUGAGUUACUGACAGAACUCCGGAAACAAUUAGAAGGGGUUACUAAGGAUAGGGAUGAUCUGGAGUAUGAUAUUCUCGAAAUGAGAAAAGAAUUGGAUAAAGCUCUUGCGGAAAUAGAAUUAAGACAUAGCGAAACCCUAAAACUACAAGAGGACAAGGAACGAUUGAUCAAGGAAAAUAAUUCGUUAUUGGAUCAGCUGACAGCAACCCAUGAUGAAUCCUUAGAUAAGGUUGAACUGCUGAGUACUGAAAUGAGUCUUCUUCAACAGGAACACGCGACAUUAAAGGAAGAGGCAGCGGCUACUAAAUCUGAAUUGUGUAAGAUAUCGGCUGAACUACAGGAAGCUACAGACAAACGCACCCUUCUGGAACAGGAAUUAUCUUCGCUGAAAUCACAUGCAGAAAAAUUGGCAUCCGAUAAUGAAACCCUUCGUGCGGUGGAAGAGAAUAGCACGAAACUUGCCGGAGAAUUGGAGAUUGCGAAAAAUUUCAAAGAGCAAUGGCGUUCUGCGGAAGAGAAACGUAUCCAAUUGGAAUCUGAACUAUCUGAUGUAUAUGACGAACUUUGUAGCAAAAAGCAAGAACUAUCGUCGCUCAAAAGUGCCUGGUGGAAACUGGAGGAACAAGAGUCGCUAGCAAAUAGCAAACAGCAAGCUAGCGAACAUGCAUACACUGAAUUGGAAGCUGAAUUUGCAUGCCUACGAAAACAAAAUGAAGAAAUGAGUAUAAUUCAACAAGGAAAAGCAAAUGACGAAGAGAAAGAGGAAAGGCAACGUUUAAUACAAGAAUUAGAGGAGAAACAACGUGAAAUUGACAUAUUAAAUGUUGAAAAAAAUGAAUUGGCAACAAAACUCGCAGAAGAACAUCAAAUCGUAGUAGCGUCCCGUGAGAAUAGCAAGGAAGCUGCAGGAAUGGCUCGAGAAACGAUUGAGAGUUUAUCACAGCUUAUUAGAGAAAAGGAUAACGAAAUUCAAAACUUGAAAACCACCACAAUCGUUACAGCCAAUCAAGCAAAUGCUGAAUCUGAAAAAGAAAUGGCAUCCCUACGACAUGAAAGAGAUGAACUCGUAAAACUUGUUCAAAUAAAACACAACGAAAGUGUUCAGUAUCAUGCUGAGAUUCAGCGAUUGACGCAGCUACUAAACGAGCAAAUAUCCACCAUACAAAAAUUGAUGAUCAAUCAGGAAGAAAAUGAGAAAAUCGUGAAGGAAAAGGCAGCAGAGAUUUUGUGGGCCCAGAAUGAGCUACAGGUAGUUCGACAGAAGCUCAAGAAUUAUGAGGAGUCAAAUAAUUAUGGAGAGACCUGUGGAAUCGUGGAGCAUUCUGCACAAAUAGCCCAGGCGGCAAUUCUUAAUGAAAAAUGUAAUGCUCUGGAAGCUGCUUUAAUUCAGGAACAAUCAAACACUCGAUUGUUGCAAAAUCAACUGACCGAAAGUCAAAGUAAGGAAUUAAAUGCUGCUAAGGAAUUGGAAAGGCUCAGGACACACCUGGUCGAAAUGGAAGCUAGCUACACAGAAGAGGCUGUCCUGGCUGAAGAAAAUCGAAAGGAACUGGAAGCGAAAUUAGUACAGGCUGAAGAGAAAGCAAAGAAUAGCUCGACCGUGUACACCUCAGCGAGCAUCAGAGCGAAUCAGCAAGUCGAAACAUUGCAGCAACAAAUGGCACUCAUUAUACAGCAGAGAGACGACAUUCAAAAUAAAUUGUCUGCUGCAGAGGAUAAGGUCCUCUCGCAUACAGCUUCUCUUACCAAUUUGCAAAUCGUAUUGGAGCAAUUUCAACGAGAUAAGGAAAAGGAUAUAAUUGCUGCUACAAGAAAGAUACAGCAACAGCUUAAUGACUCUUACAAGAAGCAAGAGGAAUUGUCGACGGAGAUUUUAAAUCUUAAGGACCAAUUAACGGAAGCCAAAGAAUGCCUGAAGGCGGCCUCAAGGCUAAGUGAACAGCUUGAUAAGAAAACUGAGCGUAUCGAGCAAUUAACUCAAGAAGUGGCACGCUUAACGGAACUGGUAAAUACUGCUGAUGAGAGGAUUCAAGAAGCCAAGAAAAGUGGAGAGGGAAAAGUUGAUAAGGCCCUCGUGAAGAACUUGUUGAUGGGAUACAUUACAUCGUCUACUACGGAUAAAUCUUCGGUAUUGAGAGUAUUCUCAACUAUUUUGAAUUUCAAUGAAGCGGAAAAAGAUAAAGCUGGUCUCAAUACCUCAGCUGGAAAUAGUGGAUGGUUCGGUGGAUUACUAAGUGGUGGCGCCACCGCUCCUACAAAGGACCAGGAGGCAUCUUUGUCCGCGGCAUUCGUUAAAUUUUUAGAAACUGAAUCUAAACCUAAGCCACAGCUACCUCCUCUAACGAUAUCAUCCACGUCUUUAUCACGACCAGGACACAGUCGACAACAUUCAUCAUCAUCGACACACUCUACCUUGUUACUCUCAAAUGUAUCGCUACCGACAUUCCCGGAUUUUGUUCCUGCCAGAAACACAGGAUCCAUACUGAAAGAAGUUCUCAAGGACAGCUGAUACUAAAAUUAUGAAGUUUCUAUAAGCGUUGUGUACAUACAAAGAUUUCCGUUAAAUAUGUUGAAUAGCCUGCAGUUAAUUUUCUACUAUAAAUCAUAAUCAAUUAGAUCAGGAUUUAUAAUAUUAAAGGAAAAAUAGAAACAAGAUGUUUACCGUAUUCUUCUAAAAUAUUACUUUAUUCCGCCAUAUUAAUAAUGCAUCUUACAGUGGCUUUUCAUCACCAAGUUAUAAGUUUCCCGUAUUAUUGUCUUGAUAUAAUAAUUUCAAAAUCAUGGAUUUAAUUAUUAACUGCCAAAUACUUUCAAGAGUCAUAUAAAAUUCUGUAAUUAAUUAUGUCUUAAUAUUAUUACAAUAUAAUUGUAACUCUUGAAGGCAGCUUGUAAAUAACUAAAUCCAUCGAGUUUUCAUUGCUUGAUAUUAUUUAAAAAGUAUAUAAUAAAUUUUACAUAUUUCUGACAAUUAAAUCAAAUAAUACAAUUUCUUAAUACAAAUCUGCGUUUAUCGUACGUGUAAUUCUGUCGUUAAAGCAAAAGCGUGGUAUCGAUAAGUAGCGUUGUGUUAAUGAAUUUACAGGUGUUUUGUAUUUUUCAAACAAUAUUUUGCUAAAGCUAUGUAUUCAAGGUAGUUGCAUAUCGACAAUAGAGAAAUUCUGUUAUUUAUUGAAAUGUAUAAUAAUUUAAAUUUGUUCAAUGAGAUUUGCUCAAUGUUAAAAUGUUGAUGUUAGAAAAAAGCUACAUAUAAGAAUCCUUAUAUUUUUUAAAACCAAUUUAUCAUUUUGCACAUCUUGUUGGAAUCGUGUUUAUUUAACUUGAUGGUAUUGUGAAAUCAUACGAUAAUUAGAAACGUUGUAUAUAUUCAGAGUAAUCUGGCUCAACGAAUAUUUAAUGUAACAUAUUACAAGCGUAAUAUAUGAUAUAUGGGAUUACAGCUGUAAAUUUUAUUUGCGUCUAGAUACACACUGGAUUGUACAGAUAAUCAUAAGUAUUGUAGAACUAUAUGACAUAAACUUUCAAUACGCAUAUUGCGUAUAUUAUCUGGCACGCACGUAUGUUCUAGAUAGGUUUUGAAUACUAAAAUAUAUUUGUUGUCUCAUAUGAAACUAGAAAAUUCAAGGCAAUAAACUAGGAUUAUUAUGUUACAUAAAAAAUGAAAUAGAGUAAAUUAUAAAUAAGAAA